AUGGGGAAUAAAAUUUCGGAAAACAAGCAAAGACAAUUUAUUAUGUACAAAAAGAUAAAAAAUAAAAUUAAGAAAAAACAUAAUCUUGAUAUUAGGAAUAACAUAUAUAUUUGUCACUUAAAUGAAAAGGAGCUAAACAACUUCAAUAAGGAAAUAUUUGAAGCCUACGAUACAUGUGAAGAAAAUGAUGAGACGCGUAAAAAUAAGGUUAUGCCAGAUCAGAACAGACAUAGAGAUAAAGGCGUAACCGAUGCAGACAAGACGUUUGUUAAAAUAAAUUUCAGAAAUGGCAAAACACACACACAUAGCAAGUGCGCACGUGUGCGUAUAAAAAGGAUAGGGGAAAAAGGAACUGAGAAAAGUAAACAGAGAGAAAAAAAAACAGAGUCAUGUAGGUAUGAUGACCACAUUGAUAAUGAUGGGUCUAGUUACAGUAACAAUCUGGGUGAAAAUCGGGGUGAAAGUUGGAAUGAAAGUUGGAAUGAAAGCUGGAAUGAAAGUUGGAAUGAAAGUCAGAGUGAAAGUCGAAGUGAAAGUCGAAGUGAAAGUCGAAGUGACGACGAAAACGAGAAAAGGCAUUUUGAACUAGAAUAUGGCUGUUUCUACAACGCAGAGGAAAGAUUCCAUGCGUAUAACCAAAGGAGAAGGGACCCAAAUUUGAAAAAGAAGAAGAAAAAUAAAAAAAAAAAGGAACCAGGCGACAUUUCUAGAGUUCAUAAUAGUGAGGAAAAAUAUUCAAAAUUGAAAAAUAUAGACCAGAUGAAAGGUACCAUGUUACGAAGAAAAGAAAAUAGUUUAGAAAAAAGGAAAAAAAUAUUUCCAUGGGAAAAUGAAAAUACACGCAUUGUCAACGGUGCAGAGAGAACCAUAGUAGAGGAAGACAAAUCGGAAUUACAGAGUGAAUCUAAAAGUGAAGGAAAAAAUAUGAUACAUGACAGACUGAUAGAUCAUAGUGAGCAAACAACAGUAUCUUCGUUCAACUCUAUGAAGUUGAAAUUACCACCAGAUAUUACUUUUCUUCAAAAGAAAAAGAAGAAAGAAAGAAACUCUCUUCAAUUGAAUAUAAGCAAUUUGCAAAAAUUAAAAAAAGAAGAAGAUAAAACUUGUGAAAAAUACCAAAAUGGUGCUAUAUAUUUUUCAAAAUUAAUUAAACAAAAAAAAAUUUUACAAAAUAUUUUAUCAUUUAUGAAUUGUACCGAUUUAUUAGAAUUUCAAAAGACAUGUUCCAUUGUCUACAUUUUCGUUAGUGAUUUUUUGGACUAUAUAUGCUUAAAAAUAUUUUCAAAAUUUAAACGUGCGUACAUGGGUUACUUCACGCCUUUUAAUUUUUUCUACAAAUACGAAUACUUGUAUACAGAUAAUCCCUCUUUCCGACUUGAUUGUAUUCUCCUUGCGAAGAUGGAAAAGAGCUGCAUAGGUUACAACAACCGAUUUGGGUACAAGUACAAGUAUAUGCAUGACCAGAAGAAGAGCUACUAUUAUGUAUAUUACAACUUCAAUGUACUUAGAAAUAAUGUGUCGAGAAGGAUAGAAAUACAUAAAGAUAUUUCAUAUAAUAAUGGAGAUGACAUUAAUGUUUCCCAUAUUUUAUGUAAUGACGUGUGUGCAAAUGAUUACAUAUGCAUACCGAUAAAUAUAUAUAAUUUUAUUGGCAAUGUUGAUUUCACUUCAAUCAGUUUUAUGGAAAAUAAAAUGAGCAAAUAUAUCACCUACAGUAACAGCUUCGAUGAUCAGUUGUGGUACAACAAGGAAGAAUACAAAAUGUUAAUUAAAGAAAAUAAUUUGGUUUCUUCAGAGUGUUUUCUCCCAUAUUUAAAGCAUGUGAAAACCAUUUAUUCUGGAAUUGAUGUUACCGUUAUGAAAUCCACCUAUAAGGCUAUUCGCCCAGGAAAACUAGGCCGACGAAGUUAUAUCCUAUGGGGAAAUUAUUUCAUAAUUGAAAAUAAAUUGGAUCCAGUAUUUACCUUUUUAAAAAGAGAAGGGUUACAACAUGACUAUAUUUAUCACGAUUUUUAUUUAAGGGUUGGAGAUUCCAUCGUUUUUUACCUCAUUCAGGGAGGAAAUAAUGACAUUUGA